AUGACGACAGUUAAACCUAUUAUUAAGCUUCCACCUCGCAGUAAAUCAUGCUCCACUCGUUCAACUUACCAGGACAUGAUGUCCCCUUAUGACCCCCAAUCUAUUGUAUCAAACGAACUCUAUUUCGAGGACAAGGAGAAUAGACUUCAAGAUUAUGACAUUCAACAUCUUUUGCAAGAAUACGGUCUCUAUCAGAUCAAGAGAGAACGAGGUGGCGGAUAUUUAAGCUUCCCGGAUUCCAAAAUGGCGGAUAGAGUGUACUCGUUGUUCAAUGGUUACAUGUUUGCAAAUCAGACGGUGCUCAAAUUUAGACUGUCCUUCAACGAUCUGAAUGACCCUCAACCUGAGGGAUACAUUUUGGAAAUUAGACAUUUGCCCACACACAUGGAUCAUAAUUCAUUGUAUGACAUAUUCCGUCCUUUUGGUCCCUUGAACAUCUGUAAACCCAUUGCAGAAGAUGGGACGCUCAAAGGAAAAGCACUUGUUCAAUUCUUUUACAAAGAGGAUUCAGACGCUGCUGUCAGCAGUUUGAACAACAAGAUGAUUGAUGGCAACACCAUUCAAAUUCAUGCAUUGAUGAUGAACACGUUUUCAUCCUCCCGCUAUAUGACCCAAUCCAUGUCAACCCCUACCUCCGGUACUACCGCCAUGGUAGCAGCUGAACCUAUUAAAGAAAGCACUGGCUUUGUCGACUAUAUGAACCUUUACGUCAAAAAUCUCGAUCCCACUGUCGACAAUACUGAUUUGUUCAACAUUUUCCGCAAAUAUGGCCGCAUUGUCUCGGCUCGAGUGAUGAGUAACCCUGCCACUGGAUUAUCAAAGGGUUAUGGUUUUGUAAGUUUCGGAAAACCUGAGGAAGCAGCACUCGCCCUGAAGGAAACAGAUGGAAUGCAAUACCGCACCAAACCCAUGAUUGUAGCCUAUCAUGAGCCCAAAAAGCCCCGUCAAGAGAAAUCAACUUCCACUACCACAUCGUCCUUUCAUUCGCCUCCUCCAACUGCUUCUAUUGAUUAUGCCACAACUCCUUACUUUGAAACAAGGCAUCCGCAUGAAGGCAUUGACAAUGUAGAUCAGUUGGCCAUAAAUCAUGUCAAGGACCUGUCAGUUAGUGGCACUGCACCACCUCCACUACGAAGAAAUUUAUCCAUGGAAAACAACUCAUUCUCGCCUCCACCUAUUCGCACAUCACCUCAGUUUGCCUCUCGCCCAUCACUCGCAUCAUUGGCAUCGGGUGCCAGUAUUCAACAAGCUCCUGUUUCUGCCAUGUACGAAAAGAUGGAACAAGAAAAGAUUUUGGAAGAGAAACCUCGCUCACUGCGUCGCAAGGGGUCUUUAGAAUCAAUCAGUUCUGUCAUGACUGAAUCAAGCGCACAAAUUCAACGUCAACGCAUGACAGAAGCUGUCAAACGUUGCGGAAGCUAUGGCAAUGAUCUUCCAGACAUUGUAGACAUGCUCUUGACACUCAAAAAGAAGGAGAGGUCCAUCUGUCUGUUCAACCCUGAUUUCCUUAAAGACAAGAUCAAUGCAGCAGUUGAAGCAUUAGAGAUCUGCGAAGAUGACGACGAAGAAGACGAUCAAGAUGAGAUACAUCGACAGAUGAUGAUUGCAGAAAAGAAAAAAGAAAACAGAGGCGUUGAGAUUAAAGCAAGAUCCUAUGUUCCCAGUCCUCCCAAAUCACCUUUGAAAAAGAGAAAAAGCGUGAGCCCACCACGCGUUGCCAACCGCACAGUUGCUGUUGACAAUGUCGUUAUACCUCCUCGUCAAUCCAAAGCUAUACCCAUCAUUGCACCUCCUAUUUUAGAUACACCAAAAGCUGCAGAGAUCAAAGCCAUGUUGGCAUCGUUUGAAGGCAAGGCGAUACAUGAGAAAAAGCAACUUUUAGGAGAUCAAUUGUUUCCCUUGGUGAAGGCUACUGGCAUCAAACAUGCCCCCAAAGUGACCAUUCGUUUGUUGGAUACGAUUGAACUGGAGACUUUGGCCAAGACCAUGUUUGACAAGGAAGCACUCAAGACUCAAGUGGACAAAGCAUUUGCUAGUUUAUAA